AUGGAACACCCAGACGUUGUUUCACCAAUAUCGCCGGCAGGAAAGAAGCCCGUGAACUCUUCUGCCCAUCAAAGGCCCAUCGCCCUCGAGCAAGUCUCGCCCUUUACAGACCCCGACCUUUCCACCUCAACCUUCUCCCAGCACGCAAUGAAGCAACCGCAUCUGCAACACGAAUCUACCACCGACAAGACCUUCUCGCCACCGGUAGGCAUGUGGGAGUCCGUCUCUCACAGGCAAACCUCUGCAGAUCCCCAUCGACGACAGAAAAUUGGAGAUGAUUAUUCACUUUUGACGAGGUGUAAUACUCCAACGCAUAGCCCAAAAUCGCCCAUAGUGUCCGUUGAAGGCGCCCAUGAUACUCAUGCAGGAGCUACUGUUCCUCCACCCUCGAGUCCCGCUGCAGAGCAUGACAAGUCCGGCUCUUGGUGGGCCAAAGACUGGAAUCCAUCGUGGACUAUGUAUGUUCUCGUGUUCUGUGGAGUCGCAUUCGCCGUUGGUCAUCACUUCUACUACCGCAGCCUUCACGGUCACCUGGCCGAAGACCAACAGGGCAAAUUUCGAUAUGGAGGCUUGAUGGCGUUUUUGUCUAAAGCAUGUUUUCUUAAUGCUGUUGUUCUCGCUUUCCGACAACGCAUUUUAAUGGAGAUUCGCCGCAAGAUGCUCACCCUUGCGACACUCGACUCUCUCUUCUCUGCAUCCGAGGAUUUGACAGCUUUAUUGAAUUGGGAGGCUUGGGUGAAUGCUAGGUUCGCUAUGGCGAUGACUAUCUUUAUCUGGACCUCACCUCUAAUUGUUAUCUUCACAUCUUAUACCCUUACCAUCGUGCCCUCGACAAAAGAAGAGUAUGCCAUGUGUCAAGGAAUCCACACUCUCAACUUCUCACAUGAGAGAACUGUUUAUUUCAGGCAGCCCCUCAAGAUCAACGGGCUGUUCGAGUCCUCGGUCUCCCUUUGGAACACGACCGGCGUUGGCGGAGAAGACCUUGAUGAGGAUAAUCCCGACGAGUUUGAUUACUAUACCGCUGGUAGUCAGCAAUUUGAGAUUCUCGCCUUGAAGACACUAUAUGGCGAAAAGGCUAUCAUGCGCGACAAUGCCCCCCAAGAGAUCUGUGGCCAGGGUUGGAACUGCUCUUAUGCUAUCGAGUUCACUGCUCCAGGCUACAAAUGUCAAGAUCUGGCUUCGGGAGUAAAUGCAGACGUAAAGAAGCUCGGCGAUGCUGAGUGUCCUUUUAAUACAUCCACUCUUGCCCCAACAGGUAACCACACAUACUAUGCCAUGUUGACUCAAGGAGACUACGAGAACCCACAAAUGAUCACGGAGCCAGGUGGCAAACCUCGAAGCCAACCGCCCUAUCCGAAGAACCUAGGCGUUUUUCGAUCAGAGCCAAUCUUGUGGUUCGGCUACUCCGAUGUGAAAAACAGAAAGGAGGAACAACCCUCCCAGCCCGGGAAGGGUAACUGGGACAAGGCUUAUACCCCCAAGAUCUUUGGAUGCGAGCAUUAUCGGACAAAAUACAAGGUCACAGUCAAUCUAACCGGCGAAACUCAAACACACAAGGUCACGGAUCGCAAGUUUCUUACAAAGGUCAUUGACACAACCUGGACGCCCAAGAAAGAUCCCGACAAGAGACUCAAGGACCGAAAUCAGGCAGUUCCCGAAAAGAACUAUAUUUACCCGCACGACAAAGAAAACUAUCGCGAAGCAGCUGCCUAUCAUACGGUUGGAAAGGUCUUACGGAGCAUCUUGAAUGGGACCACUACGCUGCCUAAUCACAAUGUCAACAGCGAAAUCAUAAGAACAAGACUCCUUGACAACAUUAAUUAUCUACCCGUUAAGAACUUUCCUGAGGAGAUGCAGAAAUUCUAUGAGGAAAUCUUGAUGUCGUUCUUAUCUGAUUCUCGAAUGGCUGCAGUGUCGUGGGCAUCUGAGGCUUCAAAGCCGACAGGGAAUAGCAAGGGCAAUUCAGAAACACUAUACCCCUGCGUAAGACGACAGUUAAGGAACACCUUCUCCUAUAACUAUGCGCAAUUAUGGGCCGUUUAUGCGCUCUCAAUCGGUAUCACUAUUGUUGCUGUUGCUUUAGGUGUAAUAGCAAUAGAGGAGAACGCUGUGAUGCGCAGUACAAGCUUCACUGCGAUUCUUGCCGCAUCGAGAGCCUCAAGCCUUGAUAAACUGCAAUGGGAAAAGCAAAGCGAUCUGAAAGGUACUAAGAUUGGGUUUGGGCUUGUAUCUGAUAAGGGCGAGAAGACAUAUUCUUUUGGUGUUGAAGGUGAUGUGAGCCAGGACACUGCCAUGGCAACAGGGCGUUCAACGACGAAUUUAGGCAUUGGGACGGCACGAAGAGUAAGCUAUGCUGUGCUAAGCAGGAGGGAGAGGGGAAGUCAGAACAACUUGAACACUUCUGUCUAA